AGUGGGUGAGACCAGUAACAGACACUGGUUUGUAAGCUUGGACUAUGACUUAAAAGCUUCAGAAAAUAGACUGCAGUCACAGAGUAAUACCACAGACUGAACAUGGCCGUGUUUGGGAGGUUUGCUGGAGGAGUUUGCUCGUUUUUCCGCAGUCGUGUUAAAUUAACCGGACUCUUCCCUCCUCAGCAGUGCUCGCUGCCUGACAGCAGGAGUGUCUCUGAGAGGAGGAACUGGUUUGUCCGAGGGUUUAGUGUUGUGCUGAAUGGAGACUCUGCUGAAGUGGACAGAAGUCACCUGGAAGGUGAAAACCAGGGCAUUGUGGAGGUUCUGAUGUGUCGAGAGCAGGCACGGAACUCUCUGGGUCGUGUGUUUGUGGCUCAAAUGCGAGAGUUGGUGUCAGGUCUGCACCAUGAUGCAGCUGUGCGUGUUGUGAUCUUUAGGAGUCUGGUGCCUGGAGUCUUUUGUGCAGGGGCUGAUCUAAAGGAGAGAGCACAGAUGAGCAACUCGGAGGCUGAGCAGUUUGUGCAUGGACUCCGUUCACUAAUGAACGAGAUAGCGGCGUUGCCCAUGCCAACCAUCGCUGCCGUGGACGGCUUCGCUCUGGGUGGUGGGCUGGAACUGGCGCUGGCGUGUGACCUCCGUACUGCAGCAUACACUGCUCAGAUGGGCCUGAUUGAGACCACACGGGGACUGCUUCCAGGGGCGGGAGGCAGUCAGCGUUUGCCACGGGCAGUGGGAUUCGCUGUGGCAAAGGAGCUGAUCUUUACUGGGAGGCGUGUGGGGGGCGAGCAGGCGCUACACCUGGGAUUAGUGAACCGUGCCGUUCCACAAAACCAGAGCGGAGAUGCAGCUCACAGAGAGGCUCUGAUCCUGGCACAGGAAAUCCUGCCUCAGGCUCCGUUCGCAGUGCGGAUGGCCAAGGAAGCCAUGAACCGAGGAAUAGAGGUGGACAUCGCUUCAGGAAUGGCCAUCGAGGGGAUGUGCUAUGCCCGGGUUAUUCCAACACAAGACAGGCAGGAGGGAAUGGCAGCUUUUCUAGAGAAAAGGCAACCCAGAUACACUGGAGAAUAAACAGACGCAGAUCACACACAGGCAACUGAAA